AUGGAGGAAAAGAAUCUCCUGGGGAUUGAUCGUCUUAAUGUAUUGAAGGAUCUGUUAAAAGGAAUAGAAAAAUGGGAUCUUAAUCAGAAAGUUGAAAAAUUCGAAAAUAAGAGGAACGACUACAAGCAGUUUCUGGAGAAGGUAAGUCGUGCACUCGACGAGUCCAAUGAACUGCAACGACUCAUUUUAAUCUGCAGAAGACAAAAUCUGAUAGCCCAUGAAAGAGAAGAACACAUCGCAGAUGUCGAUGCUUUGUUCAUAGAGUUGGAACAACAGAACAAUCUGGGAAUAGGAAACCUUAGUAUCCUGAGAACCUUAGCGACCGAAGUGGAGAAACCAGACUUGACUGUGUAGACUUGUGGAUGACUUCAAUGAGAAGAGAAACCAAGAAGAAGAUGCCGAGAGGAAAAGGAAAGAGUGGGAGAACUACAAGCGAAGAGCAGGAGGUAAGGGAUAGUUUCUAACUGAAUUCCAUUUUUUCGACGUAAUUUAGAAGUUCCUCGACCAAACGCUUAGUCCCUAUAAUCGAAGAUCGUCAUUCGAAUUUUGGGAUCCUUAGUGUUAUGUUAAUUUCCAGACCUCAGUUCAACCGAUUGUCUGAGAAUAUACUGAGAACUGUAAAAUCAGAAACUAAGCUGACGAAAAUGACAUGCUGGACUAUAUUGUUAAUACGAGUAAGUAGCCUCUUUCACUUGUCUGGAUGAAAACCAAGUUUAGGCGCUCAGCCAAAAUGCAAUGGCUACGUUGUCAGUUGCGAGGUGAGUGUUUCCCAGCUCGAUAUUCCUGAGAUUUUACAAAGGUUUUUUUUCUUAAUUUUAAGCUCAUAGUGUCUGUAGAUGCGAGAACCUUUUUUUGUAAAUUUAUUUUUUAUUUUACGAUGAGGGUAAAAUUAGUUACUUCUUGAAGGAAUCGAUAGAGUGCUGCUAAGACAUGUUUAGACAAUAUGGCAGGCGAAUAAACAUUAACCUUGUUCCCAGGACCUCCUCUUUGUUCUUUUCAAAAACGGCGAGACGCUGUUAAGAGCUAGUUUAAGGAGAAUUUUGCAUGUGAGGUAUACAACAUCCGUGCAAAUACAUGUUACUAGUUACCGCAGGAUAAGACUCCAACGAAUAAACAAAUGCUUGAAAUUUGUCUUCAACUGCGUUAAAAAUUCGGCCAUGGACGCUGCUAUUUUGGAAACACCUUCGUAACCUUGUCACUCAGGAAAAAACACUGCGUAAGUAGUUGAGUCGAAAAAAGGUUUUUGUUGCUUCUAUUCCUUGAGACAGGAGUGAGGAUUUAUACCUCUCUGCCGAUCAGUUCAUCCAUAAUACUCUAAAAUCAGCUUAUAUAUUCUCCAUUCUGUUCAGUUAUGCAUUUGUUAUGGCACUGACAAAGGGGAAUUUAGUUAACAAUUAGAGGCUUAUUAAGUUUGAGAUUAUUUAUUUAAUUCAUGGGCCUAAUUUUUGAUUCAGCAGUGACACCUUAGUGAGGCAUUAGAUGCUGUAGUCCUCCGCAUGGGUUAAAUAGUUAAUUUACCAAUGAUCAUAUGGCCCUGCUGAUCGUAAAGCUAAGCCAGAUACUUGAAAAGUCUGCAAUGAGAAGUAUUUCAUAAAUCAAUGUUCACGAUUUCUCUUCUUGAUUAAUUAUUGAUUCAAUAAUCCAUUUAUUUAACAUUCCAGUUAAGGCUGCUUCUGUUCUUGUCGGUGGAAUAAACAUUGUAGAAAGAUUAAUUGGAGGUAAGAGUGUGUGUUAAUUUAUGUGCCUGAGUGACAAAUCCAAAUUAUAUGGAACCUGAAACCUGAGAUAGUACAACCCGCUACACAAUGCAUUUAGGUGGCUCACGCUGCUAGAGUCGCUGCGUAGUCAUCGGAUACUUAAGGCUAACAUCGUAACCCUGACCAAGAAGUUAAAUGCAAGGAUAGGAACCAACAUAUAAAUCUGCUCCAUAUCUGGUAAAUAAACAUAGAAAUUGCUGAGUCUGGACAAUAAUUUUUAAUGUGCUGUCCUUGGAAAAUUCUUUUACACUUUCUUGUUUGUGUUCGAAAACGAAUACUCGAUGUUUAUACUGCCUUCACGUCUCUAUAUUCAUAGGCUUCCUUGUCGUCUCUCUCAGAAACGUUUAACUUUCGAAAACAACAAUCCACUCAAAUCUAGUCUUUGCUAGGCUCUCAGUUGCUGGAGAUAAGCAAAGAAGCAGGAAAGCGAUUUACGCGAGGAGUCUGUGAAGGAGUGCUCUCCUUAGCCAACCCUCCCCUAACGUUGGUUUCUUUGCUUAGCCCCGCUUUUUCGGUGGACUUCACAUGCGGCUAAUGUAAACCUUAUGAUUUCUACAUUUUUUACAGUUGUCACGCCUCGCUGUACUUUCCGCAAUCUUACUGGUGGUGCUGUGGUCGUCACUACAUGGAUGCUUCUCCGCAGGAGUCCCAAUCUGGAAGCAUUUGCUGAUGCUAUCCAACGAACUGUUCUUCCGUUGGGAACCUUCUUACGUGCACUUAGUGAAGGAUCAACCCGAUUUACGAUUCAAGCAGAAAACAUUUCUGCUCUUGACGCAUUAUGGCGAAGUUAUCAAGACGAAACGCUACAGAAAAAUUUACAAGAGUUUCUUGUUACUGAGGAAAUAAAGCAGCUGGCCGGUGGUGAAGUGACGUUGACUGUGCAAAUCGACGAGGAUGAAUACAGAAAUGCUAUGUUGGAUUUGAUAAAUUCAGGAACAAAAGGUAAUUACACCUUUAAUAUUCCCGCCGUUAUGCAUGACUCCUUGUGCGAGAUGAAUUAGAAACAUCUCUUGUUGUGUCUAAUAAUGGGACGAAUCUUGGCAUCUGAAAAUUAAAGUUGUUGCGUGAUGAUCCAUCUAAAAUGAAAUGUUUCCUGACUUAAUCUCACCUUUCAUGAGAUAACGGUAUUCGAUUGAAAUUGCAUUCAAUUUUGGCCCGAAUAAGGAGACUAAUUUAGGUGUUGACAAAGGACAAAUAUACGGUGAAAUCUCUAGCUAACUUGGGUUGGGGGAAGUUACCAAGUGAGUUUUGAGAGAAACUGUGUUCUUUCGUCUCUUCUUCCAGACAGCAUGCACUACGAGUCCUCAUUAUUGUGCACGGGUUAAUUAUAUCUACAUGAGCUGGAUUUCCUUUGUCUUUUUCGCAGGGGAAUCGAUCUCAAUACUUCUAAAUUAUUUGAUAGGCACUCUUUGUUCGCAAAUGUACUUCUUUAUCGCUAUAUUUGAGUUUGCGCGAAGAUCCAUGGUGCAAGAAUUGAAAUUGUAGACUUUAUUUUUCUAUAAGUGUAGAGGUGUAUUUCCCCUUUAUUGGCCUGAUCUCUCGCAUGGGUUUAAAAAAUACCUGUGAAUCGCAGUAUCAUUUAUUGUGUUUGUUUGGUCGACCGACAGAUGAGCUGGGAAAGAUUACUUGCUCAUAGUCGACUAAAAUGUGCAACGGGUUGUUCUUUCUCUUCACGUAGCAACAGGUUCUCGAAUUGAUUAUUCGAAUGACAUCCGCAACCCCUCCGCGAAAACAGGCCUGUAAUAUAAAAAGCGUUGACUUGAAACGGGUCGAUAUUGCUUUUUCUAAAAUUCAUUCCAAAAGCAACUUUGAGUAGUUCUCAAAAAUGUAAUAUCCAGAUAAAUUAAGUUACACUUACCUUGUGGGUUAUUUCUCACAAGAAUAUGUUUUGUUUCCGAGAGCUUGAUGAUUAUUCAAGUAAGGAACAAUGCUCAAUGUCUCAAUUCUCUUUUGCAAAUGAAGUAGAACGCACCGCUUCGUUCAGCAUUAUAUUGGAUUUUUUACUACAUAUUUUAAAGAUGAAACUUGAAAAAAAAAGAGGAUUAAAAAGAUCGAGCAAGUUCUAAUUCAGACCCUCUGAAUGAACGAAACAUGACCACAGCGAAUACAAAAGAUCCUUUCCAGAGAGGAAGUUUUUACCAUUUGACAGAAAAGUGCGUGUAGAAGAAAAUCUUCGGGAGGCUUUCAGCGAAAUCGCACCGGGUUCUUGUCUUUAUCAACGUGACAAGAUAAAAGCUUUUGUAUGAAGCCAGGUCUAUGAGUUAAGGAAUGUGUUUAACAACAAAAAUAGUAGAAAAACUUUUCUUUCUUUUUGUCACGAGCGCGGAACAAAGAAACAAGUGUACUACACCAUGAGGAAUCGAGUAUUAGAUAUUUGCAUUUCGAGGCUUAGAUCCACUACUGAGACUCUACGUUGAGUUAGGCCACGAAGUGGUUGGAAACUUAGAUUCAAAACUUAUCAUCUUUCUCAUUCUGUUCAUAAAUCCUCAGGAGACAGACUUGAAAAGCUCGACCAGGUUGAAGGUUUAAUCAAAGAUGCCACUGAGGAUUGGAACAGCAUUCAGAAAGCAUUCAAAGAUGCAUACCCAUGCGAAGGUCAUAUGAUCCAUUCAUUAUUUUCAACGAAUUAAUCAUAAUUUUAAUUAGUUGAUAAGUCGAUUGACUUCCAAAGCUGAUACUAUCACCGGCGAUACAAAUUUUCUUUAAAAUAUGUAAUACACGAACAAAGGGCUAUCCAGAUGAGGGCUUAAUACUGGCUUGAUAUUCUUGUGCAAUGGAAAUCUUCUUUCUGUCAUAUUUUACCUGAUGGCUAUGUGUGGCUGUGAGUGAUAAUGGUUGCUAGCUUUUAAGAUUAGGUACGAGAUAAGAAAUUGAAUCAUCAUCUUUCUGUGACGUAAUGUGUUUGAAAUAGCUUUUUUUCGUGUAAUAACAGUAACAUGAUAAAAAUAAUUUUAGCAGUGCUCAAACUGUAAAUACAUUCAUUCAAAGGCGCUCUAACUUUAGUACUACCAGAUUCACACACCUAUAACCCAUGUUACAUGUUUCUGGUUCUACAAAAUACUGAAGUAAAAGCUUUCCUGAAAAGAAAGUUAGGUCUUAAAAACGGCAAGGCUUUAACAGGUUCUAAUCGAUAAUGGUAGUGAGUUCCAUGCAACGGGUGCAGCAUGAGGGAGGCACGAUCCCCAAGUGUAAAGCAGUGGACUCUUGGAACAAACAGAGGACGAAUAGAAUAGCAUAAUUAGGAGUUGAUGACAAUAGAUCUUUAAUGUAGGGUGGAUUAAGACUGUUUCACGAAUUGGAGACCAUCAUGUUUGGUAUCAAUUUUAGACUAAGAAAUAUUGCAUUCUCAAUUUUUUUCUAGGAUGUGUAUUUAGUGGCAUUGAAGAAGAAUUGACAACGAUCAGAGUCACUUUAGGAACCUUGAGAGAGAUGGAAAAAGAGUGGAUGAAUGUAGGUCAGUCUCGUAAAACAAAAUGGUUGACUCUGGAAUAGUCACCAUUAGGAAAUAUGAGGAUGGUACCUUACUAUGACAGAGCGGCUAUGGGCUAUACUAUGUAAUAUUAUGUACUUAUCGAUUAAUUGGGCGGCACUGACCGAAAGCCAAAUAUUUUCCCGUCCAGCCCGACCAAACUUAAUCAAUAAGCAUUUUAUCAUAUGACCAUUAAGUGCUGAAAAUUUCAAAUAAACUUUUGUUUCAACCUAAAAGGACGUACUUGUGUACCAAAGAGGGGCGUUUACUGGAAAACUAAUAUCUCUUGAAAUAUUCUGCAGUAAAUAUCUUUCUUUUUUGUUCAAGGGGUCAGAACAAUAUUCUUUGAGAAGCGUGACGAGAGGUGGACAGGAAAGGCCCAUUUUGCACGAUUGGGAUUUCCCACUUUAAUCCCGCCCAAUAUAAAAAAUUGAGAGCUUGUGCAGCUUCCUAAUUAAUUUCAAUCGACGUUUUUGACGUUCACCAAUCAACAUUGUAAACCUAUCAAAUCAGCAUUUUUUUUUUCAAUUUGUCAAGUAAUUUCCCAGCGUUCGAAAACAAACAAGUCAUUCUUGAUUCUCAUCGCAGUCGGCGAGAUCUUUUUGUCAUAUAAUAAUAAAUCCUUUAUUGGCCAAACAGUCAGAGCGCCCUUAUUUAUAAUUUGUUUUUUCAUUAGUAUUGUCGUAACCCUUAGCAUGUUUAUUCUUAUUUAGUGGCCUCUACAUUCAUAUACUUUAUAUUCUCCAGCUAAAAGGUUAAGCUAAAGGUCAAUAAAUGCAUAUUAGCCUCGUUCUUAAGGAACUCAAAUUGGCUGCGGUCCAUAAAACGUACAAAAAAAAAAAAAGAAAAAAAUCGGCCGAUAUCCAGCCAUCUUAACCUUAAACAGCUCAAUAACGCGUACGGAAUGUGGAUGAGAAUGAGCUAAUUAGUAUAAACCUGCUAAAAGUCAUGGCAUUGCUAAAGCACUUACAAAUGGGGACACUCUUUAUGAAUUAAUGAUGUCUUAUAUUACUUAUAGCUGUAUGUUCAUUUGAUCUGAAAAACACACAGGUUUAGAAUAAUAUUUUCAAAUGACAAUAUUUUUGUCAAAAAACCGAAAAACAAAACAAGAACAAUAAUUAUCAGUUAACUUUGAAUGUGAAGUUUUUUUUCUUCAAUUGAGACUCUCAAUUGAAAGUAGUUAGCGGAUGAACGUGAUUAUGACCAAAUUGUUAUUUCAUAUUUGAUCUGACUGAAACUUGCACUUAUUCAGAGCUUGAUAGCUUACCAUAAUGGCACAGCAUAACACCCCUUUUUAAAUGUCAGUCAUCCCUCUUCUGGCAGUUGAUUUGCUUAAACUGGCAUCUGGCCUCUAAAAACAUUUGGCCUCUUAGAGUCAUUCGUCCUUUUAUCGGAAUAAGUCUGUAGAUUUUAAAACACCUGAAACAGCAAACCCUGAUUUGAACAAUUCAUGAGCAACCAUCAGAUUUCUCUUAGACAGUUUGAUGUCAUUAUCUUGGUCAAUCAUUCUGUAAUCGUAAAUACUGUUUUUUCCUUUCUUUUUCGUUGCAUUUUAGAAUCUAUUCUGACAUCGUCAAGCAGUGCUCAAGCGAUCAUACAAUUAUUGGAAAAAUUUCUACACUCUGGUGAAGAUUAUUUCCGAAAACCAACCUCUCAGAACAAAAAAAGCAUCCGUGGCUUGGCAAGAAAAGCUAAAAAUUUAAAAAGAUUGGACGUGUUUAAGCACUUAAGAGAGAUCACACCAAAAGGAACAACAGGUUUGUUGUUUAAUGUCAUUUCCUUAAAUCCUUUUCAAUAUUUAUCUAUUGAUUUUUGAGCAGUAAUAACCGUGAUGCCUUGUUAACAAAAUAGUCAGAAGGCCUUUAACAUCGAACUCUCUUCAAUUUGUGAAAUUCAAAUAAGAAAUUAUUUGUAUGAAAUAACAUUUUUCAGUUUGCAAGACACGUUUGGAUAUAACUCAUGUCAUGUUCAGUUGCAAAAUAAUGCUCCUGUUAGUAUUUGAUCAUACGUUAUUGAAUUACAACGUUAGAUUACGCUCUACAGAUUCGUAAAUUAUUUGCCAAAUAAUUUACGAAUCUGUAGAGCGUAAUCUAACGUUGUAACUCAACGGAAGAACGGAAGGCAAAAGUGGUAUUUUGAAGUAACCCAGGAAAAACCAAAACAGACAAUACUUUUCGUUAAACUAAUUUCGCACUAACAAACUUUUUAAAGUUUUUAAUUAAAAAUAGACUCGGCAGGGGAAUCAUUUAAAGAAAAUAAAAUUCUCUCCUUGGCGUGGACAUGACAGUCAUCAUCUGUUCCUCUGUUCCCUAGACAACAAGCAGCUUCUGUUUCAAGCAGUUGUAGAGCGUGAAAGACAAUUGAUGUUAACGAAAAAAAAAUGACUGCGAGAAAACUGGGCUAUUGGUCUCCUCGCCCAACCAGCUAAGAAAAAAAGUACCAACUGGGUCGCGUUGCUGAGGUUAAUGAUCUCGAAACAACCGCACCAUAGUGCAGUGAAUUUAUUCCGUUUCGCUCAACAACAGCUGAAAAGAGAAAAGAGUAAGUCUCGAAAAAGAACAAAGUUCCAAGUUCUUAUAAACGCAGCGAAAAACCGCGAGCCAAUUCACGUGAUGAAAAAAUCAACAAUGAUAAUGGAGGGGGCAGGGGUCCUCUUAAAUUCCAUAAAUCGCAGUUUGAAAUCAUAUGACUCGUGGUGUCGAGCCUUUAUUACGAUUAUAAGUCUGUGUAUGAAGCCAUUGAGAUAAAGUCAGAAUUUUUUCUCAAGACGAUUCUUCCUUUAUUUCAGGUCCUCAGUUACCUGAUAGCUUGUCCGUCAAGGAGAUUCCGAAAGACAGAAAACAUUAUGUUUCAUUAUCUUUGGAAAGUGAGUAGUGUUUUGUGAAAUAGUCGUCCAAUAGCAGCGCCUACAGGUAAUACAUUUAAUUUGUUCAGUGGCCUGUUGCAUGUUCCAGGCCAUUGACGUUCACGGUGACUACAACGUUUUCAAAUCCAAUUUGGAUUAAGGUCACCCAGUAAAUUAAGAUGUGGGUGCUUCCGGCUGUGAAAUUCAAUUUGCGACCUAAUUGCAACCGGCCGAGAGACAAUCACUUUUAUUGAACCAGUAAACUUGUGGAGUCACCCCGUAUCGUGUGAUGGACCCCUUUGCACAUGUGUUCAGUCUCAUGCUUUGUAUCGCUUUUUUGUUCCUUAGGAUAAGAAUUUUCACGAGGCUUUUUGGGAAUACACAGAAAACUAAAUAUCAUCAAAAAAAACUUUAAAGCUUGGUCUUCUCGUUUAAAUAAGAAAUAUUGAAACAGCAGAACAAUUUCUGUUAUCACCAGUGAGUCUGGAAUGGUGUCUACUUUUACAUCUAUUCAACUCCACAUGUUGAGUGCAUCACAUAGACGCAUACUAGAAAUAAAACCAUAUUUCAAAUAUGUUAUCCGCUUUUCAUUACAAUGGUCCAUGGGUGUAUCCCUGCUAGCAGUUCAUAAAGUAAGUCACUUAUAUAACUUGAUGGUCUAGCGGGCGUUAGAUAAUAAACAAGUCAUAUUCCAUGACGCACAAUAAAGGUGAAUGUUUGUUUUCUUUAAUUUAGUGGCGUAUUACAAGAUGUGGGAUCGAAUGAAGGAACUGGAUUUGAGACGAAGCGACAUGAAAUACCUAGAGAGGACUUCCUUAAUGGAUUUUCUCGUCAUGCAACAUGACAUAAGAACAGUGGGUGAACUGUAUGACUGUCUAUGUGAAUAUGGGCUGCCUCGCCUUGCCGAUAAACUUUAAAUAUCUUAACGCUACCAGCCCACGAGGAUCUUUCGAUCUCAUGUUUUUUCACUCUAUCCUAUGAGAUGAUACAUCAGCUCACCCUUACCACAGGGAAUAGAUGACUUGCUGCUGAAGUCAUUUAUGCUGAUUUGAAAAGAUCAACUAUUCCUAUAAUUUUUCCGACUUGGUCAGUUAGGUAGGGUUGGUUACCAUCAAAGUCAUGUUAGUAUCGGAAGGUUAUUUAGUACUGCACAUAAUUGAAGUUGGCAUUGAGAAAACUGAUUUGCCUUAGCAUUGCACUGACAUUCCGGUGAAUAAUCAUUUGACGCAUCUGGUAGCUUCAAUUUUCGACAAAAUUUUCAAGACAUCAACAACAAAACGGCUGAAAAUCAACAUAUUUUGAGAACAUGUAGGCAAGAUUACGCCCCCCUUUGCAAUCAAAUUGAAUUCAUUCAUAAAAGCUGUAGGUGGUUUCAGCAUUGUUAAGGGUUGGAGGAAAGUUCAGAAAGUCGUAAUAAGAAUAUGUUUAUACACACAUAUUUCAUAAAGCCUUUAUCUCCAAACAAAUUUUGAUCAGAAUAGUAGGUAUUUGCUUUUUAGAUAACGAUAACUUAACUUCAUUUGCACUUUUUAUCAGGCGCAGUUGGAUAAUUAUACUGUGUGAGGUUUUCGACGCGCAUUGAGGCUUUUAGGCCAGAAUUUAGUAGAAUUCGAAUAAAUGCAUUUAAACAUUGUGUUUCCGGUAUCGGAAAAAAGCAAAAUAUCAACCCUGAUUUGCUCACUCUUCAUAUGUUAAUGCUUAUAUCAAUGACUGUAAAAUCAAUAGCGAUUAAUUCGCAUUUGUAGG